AUGACAAAGGUCGAUAAAACCGUCAAAAAUCGUGUAGUUAUGUCAAAAAAUCGUACAAAUUUCAACAUUUUACGUGCGGCGGCUACUUUCUUAGUUUUUACUUUCACUGCGAUCUUCAGCAACCACCGAUGCGAUGCGAGUAAUUUAGUGAAACGGAGUCUCAGAGAUACGGUUCAAUGUGUCGAGGAUGGAAGAUUUUAUAGAAAUCCCGAUCGCCCUCAAGACAAAGUUUGGACAAAUAACGAAUGCGCCAAAUACUAUUUGUGCCUCGACAGCGAAGUAUUCGAGUUCAAAUGCUCCGUUGGGCUCUUAUUCGAUGUCGCACGUCAAAUUUGUGAUUUUAAGCAAAAUGUCGAUAAUUGUCACAUUACCGCAGAAACGCAAGUUCCCAAACCUUUAUUGGAUUUAGCAAAUUGUCGCGACAAAGCUGAACUUGGCUGCGCUGAUGGCACGUGUCUUCCCAACGAAUAUUUCUGUGAUGGUUCUGUCGAUUGUCCGGAUGGCUCCGAUGAAGGAUGGUGCGAUAGUGAACAUGAUCCAAAUGCUGCUGAUGCUUGCGAUCCUGCAAAUUGUGUGUUACCUGAUUGUUUCUGUUCGAAAGAUGGAACGCUCAUUCCGGGACAAUUACAGGCCUCGAAUGUGCCCCAAAUGAUAAUUAUGACUUUUGAUGCGUUAAAUUUUGAAAAUUGGGAGUUGUAUACAGAGACGAUUUUUACGGAAAAGAGGAAAAAUCCCAAUGGAUGUCCUAUAAGGGGAACAUUUUUCAUCUCUCAUCAGUACACAAAUUACCAACAAGUGCAGAAAAUGUGGAAUGAUGGACAUGAAAUUGCCGUGAACUCUAUUUCACAUCGCGAACCCGAACAAUGGUGGAGUAAAAACGCAACAAUCGAAGAUUGGUUCGACGAAAUGGUUGGUCAAGCAAACAUCAUCAACAAAUUCGCGAGUGUUCGCAUGGAAGACUUACGUGGCGUUCGUGUUCCUUUCCUCCGUGUCGGAUGGAAUCGUCAAUUUUUGAUGAUGAAAGAGUUUGGUUUUGUCUACGACGCAAGUAUGGUUGCUCCUUUUUCGAAUCCUCCGCUCUGGCCUUACACGCUGGACUACAAGAUGCCUCAUACGUGCACGGGAGUUCAGCAAAAUUGCCCGUCGCGCAGUUAUCCGGGCAUUUGGGAGAUGGUUCUGAAUCAAUUGGAAGCCGGAGAGUACACUUGCGGCAUGGUUGACAGUUGCCCGCCGCAUUUAUCGGGCGAAGAUAUUUAUCGGAUGUUGACGCACAACUUCGAGAGGCAUUAUAGCACGAAUCGCGCGCCAUUGGGAUUGCAUUUUAGGGCCACGUGGUUUAAUAAGAAGGAGUAUAUUGAGGCUUUUAGUAAAUUCCUCGACGACAUGUCAAAGAAGAACGACGUUUACUUCGUCACCGAGUACCAAGCGAUCCAAUGGAUGCGAAACCCGACGCCAAUCAGCGGCUUGAACCAAUUCUCCGAAUGGGACUGCAAAAAUCGCCAACUCGAACCGAACGAAAUCGCCUGCAAUCUCCCGAAAACCUGCAAAUUACAAAGUCGCAUUCUCCGUUCCGAGCGAUAUUUGGUCUCUUGCUUAUCUGAAUGCCCCGCUCAGUAUCCAUGGGUUCGAAAUGAGUUCGGUCUCGAUUGA